GAACUAGUGGUGCUGGGGAAGGCUGAGCCGGUGCACCAGUGGACUGGUUAUUUUGUUGUAAAGGAGGAUGAUGACGGUGCGGUGUGGGAUUUUAGUGCGGAAUUUACAUGCUUUUCCAUCCUCAAACCGACACCUAUUUGGAACGAGUUUUGCCGGGUGCAGACAAUACAAUUCGACAAGAGCCUUCUCUACAGCUCCACAUGACCAAAAAUCAUCACUUAAGGAAAUUGAGAAUGAAGAAGAUGGAGCCAUAAAAUUUAGCACCAGUAAGGCAAGCGGUUCUGUCUGGUCUGUGGAGAAAGCACUGGGCGGUGGUCAUCAAAAACCUUGGUGGAAGGUUCUUCCCCUCAGUCUGGCUGCAAUUGCUUUUUUAGUUUGGUGCAUCCUUAGGAAAGAAACUGAAGUUGAUAAAAUCAUGGGACAAACUUUGAGUGACCAUUUUCCUGAUCUCAUACUCUCCGAGGCUGAGCCAGAGGAAGAUGCCAAGAAACCAAACAAAACAACAUAAUGAAUGGAGGAUGGUAUCUCCCGCAAUUAGGCAUGUUUUUUUGUUUUUUUUUAAAAUUGUAGAUGAUAAAAUUCAUUAUGAAACUGCCGUCCAGAAGCAAAUUACUGCAGAGGUUGGAAAUCUGAAACAAAAAUGGACAAUACUAGAAAUACCCAACUGGCCAGACAGCACCUAUGGAGUCAGAAUUGUACUCACAAUUUCAAAUCAAUGACCUUUCCUUAGAAUGGAAUAAAGAUAGAAAUAAGCCAUUUUAAGUUGCAGAGAUGGGGAGGAGCAGAAAAUUAAUAAAGGAAAGGAAUGUGAUAUGGUGGAAGCCAAGAAAGAUUGAAUGACACCAGUAUGGCUGGUGCUGUUGAAAGAGAGUGAGAAAGAUUUGCAAGCUACAAAAGGUGCAUUGGGAACCAAAAAGGAAGGGAAAAAUAAAAUACAAAAUUACCAGUACAAGGGAGAGUAAAAAGAUACGACUGAAAUGGCUGAUUAACUCUUGAGUUUUGAAAGCUGCAAUGCACCCAGAAGAAACCCAUGGUCCUGUUCUAUAAACUUGUAUUGAACUUUGCUUAAACAGCAUAGGAGACCAAAUACAGAGGCCAGAAUAUGAGUUGGAGAUUCCUUUUCUUUGCAGCUUUAAGCAUGUUUAACUUCUAACUUUUCCCGAUUCUGAUAAAGGGUCUUUGAUCGGACGCAUUAACUUUAUUUCUCUCUCUUCGUGUGCUGCCUGACUUACUGAGUAUUUCCAGCAUUUUCUGCCUUUAUUUCCUGUAUCCAGAUCAUAUCCAGCUUUACUUCAACUGAAAUCUGUUGAGGUUGAAAUUUGGUUGGUGGAAUCUUCCAUUUGAGUUUUCAUGAUUCCUUCGGAAACAUAAUUUGAAGAUGUAUGAGACUUCACUGCUUCUCUCGACUGAGACAUAUCAACAGAGAAUGAAGUGUGAGAUGAUCAAUCACACAAUGGCACAGCUGAGCUUCUGAUGGCAUCGAUAAUUCUGACCUUUCCACAUCACGGGUUGUUCACAUUUAAUCCUUGAUCUGUGCUUGGUUACUCACUUGUAGCCAUUGCAUCAUUCAGAACCACAGUUCAUCUCUGCAAUUAAUUUGAAAACUGUCAAAGUUUCAGCGGUAACAAUUAUCUAAACAUUUCUAUUGAUAACGUGUAUUUAUAAAUUUGAUUAAUCUGCAGAGUUCCUUUGUCGAAGCAACUGAAUUAUUUUGUCAAGGAACAAGGGGUCAUUUUGGAGAAAAUAAUCAAAACUAAAUUGGCAGUUUCAAAUUUUGGCAUCUAAUAUUCUCAGAUUGAGAUAAUCAUGAGGAUGAAGAUGUGGCCUGCCUGACAAAGAUACUGCAAAAUUAGGUUGGUGGGGAGAGAGCCAGCUGGGAGGGUCUUCUCUUGAACAUUGUCCUUUAACAAUAUGUGGUAUAUGUAAACGAUAGGAUCAUCUCUGAUCUGAAGCUGACCCUUAUCUGUAAUUGCAAUAUUGUUCAUAGUACAGUGCUAAUGCUUCUCACCACUACUUUUCCUUAAUUGAAGUACUGUACUGAAAAUGCUGCCAAAAGUGGAAUUAAAACAAUUAAAAUCAAUCUUACUACACCAUUGGAUUGCAAUACACACGAGUUGUGUGAAGCAGUCCUGAUCAGGCAAAACAAACACUGAAUCAUUGGUUCUUUUUGGUUUUCAAUCUGUACAGGUAUGAAUACUGUAAUAAAUGUAAAGAACAUAA